CGGGCCGGGGGCCGGUCGGCCCGCCGCCCAGCUCGCCGGCCACCGCCAGCCGAGCACCGGAGACGGUUGACGAGCUGCUGCGUCGCGACUUCUGGUCGCGCGAAUGGGAGAUUUGCGACGCGCCUCGCCGCCUGCCCGUGCUGCUCAACAACGACAUCUGGCAACACCCGUUCAACACGUCCUACUACGCGCUGGCGGCGUACCCGGACCGGCGGCUGCGUGUGCGCCGCCGCGCCUACGCCUACGUGCGCGUGAUUGCCAUGCGCGAUAGCUACCACAGCGGCGAGCUGCACUGUCAGCUGACCUUUGCCAACCGCACCGUCAGCGUGCCGGCGCAGGUGCAGCUCAUCUGGGAGCGCCGCUGGGACCCGAGCAACACCGGCCGCCUGUACGACCCGGUGCUGGUGUCGUGCCCCUUGCGCUCGGCGGCGCGGCUGCCUCGCAGCGUGGCGCUGACGCCGGCGCCGUGCGGCCCGGCCGACACGCUGCUGCCGGUGGACGCGGCGCCGCUGCGGCGCUGGCAGCGCACGCGCCGCCGCCGGGGGUUCGCCGUCUGCGUGAAGGGACUCGACCUGCCAGACGACGUGUCGGGCCGCCUAGUCGAGUGGGUGGAGGCGCAGCGGCUGCUCGGCGCCGACGCCUUCAUCUUCUAUCGGUUCUCCACGCAUGAGCGCGUGACGCGUGUGCUGCGCCACUACGAGGCGGCCGGGCUGGCCACGGUGGUGAACGUCACGCUGCCCGGCUUCCAGCCCAACUACGCUCCCGACCGGCGCCGCCUCAUGCGCGUCUCCAUCUGGCAGAAGCGACGGAACGAGCUGGUGCACUACAACGACUGCCUGUACCGCAGCCUCUACCGCUACCGGUUCGUGGUGCCGGUGGACGUGGACGAGCUGCUGGUGCCACUGCAGUACCGCACGUGGCCGGCGCUGCUCAGCCACCUGGAGGAGGUCAAUCCGCAUCUGCUGCACCGGUUCGCCUCGCUCUCAGUGCGCCACGUCUAUUUCUUCGACAACAUGACGCGCACGCCCGACCCGAGCCUGCCCGAGCACUUCCACAUGCUGCGCCACACCGAGCGUAGCGCCAACCUCAGCGGCCGCGGCGUCAGCAGCAAGAGCUUCGUCAGCACGCGCGGCGCGCUCACCGUGUUCAACCACUACGCGCUGGAGCCGCUCUAUCCGUACAUGCAGCACGAGGUGCGCGUGGUGCCGCGCCAGGCGCUGCUGCACCACUACCGCGCCAGCUGCCCGGAGGAACUGACUGUCGAGUGUCGAGACAACUACUACCGGCACACGGUGAGCGACACCAGUCUGCAGAGGUACCGCGACCAGCUGGUGCGCGCCGUCAACGACACCAUGCGGCAGCUGGGGCUCUAACAAGCGGCGUUCCGAGUCGCCGGCCCGAGACUGGCGCCUCUGAUGUUGCUCCCCAGUCGUCUCGGCUCGGGGCGGUCGCCCGGGCGGGCGCACGUGCAGGCCCAGUAGCUCUGGGCCACUUCGAACAGUUCCUAACGCCGUGCCUGGGCUCGGACUAGUCCGAGGCUCAUCGAAAACUUAAGUUGCACGCCAAAAAUGGCAAGACGGCCGACUUUGAGUAUGUGUAUAUCCAGUGAAGGCCUCGGCUGUGACAUAUCCUCGAGCACUGGUGCAUUGGUGCGUAUGAAAUAAAGA